AACCAUAAGGUUUAGACCAAUGAUAACUAUAAAAUGUCCCCCACAUUCAACACCAAAUCAGCAACAAUAAACAUGUCUUCUUUGCGCUUCUUAGUUCAACUGAUUGUCCUAGGUUUUGCUUUUAAUCUUGCAGAUGGACAAGGUUUGAAAGUAGGGUUUUACCAAAAAACAUGUCCAGAUCUUGAAUCUAAAGUCAAAGAGGUCGUAGAUCAAGUGAUCUCAGUGGCACCUAGUCUUGCAGCUCCUUUGCUAAGAAUGCAUUUUCAUGAUUGUUUCAUUAGGGGCUGUGAUGGAUCAGUGCUGUUGGAGUCUCCAACCAAUCAAUCUGAAAAAUAUGCUUUUCCAAAUCUAAGCCUGAGAGGAUUUCAAAUAAUAGACAAAGUUAAGACUGCAGUAGAAAAGGCAUGCCCCAUGGUGGUUUCAUGUGCUGACAUAUUAGCACUAGUAGCUAGGGAUGUUACUGUCGCGAUAAAAGGACCCUUUUGGGAAGUUGAAACUGGACGAAGGGAUGGAAGAGUGUCUAUUUUGAAUGAAGCCUUGACAGGAUUAAUACCACCUUCUGCGAACAUUAGUAUUUUAAAACAAGGAUUUCAGCAGAGGGGUUUAAGUGUCAAGGAUCUUGUAGUGUUAUCAGGUACCAUUAAAAUUUUGAGAUUAUGCAUGCCAACUAUACCUACGAUGAGUCCUUAUUCU